CGGGGCCGGGCCGGGCGGCGCGUCCCUCCCGCCGCGGCUGCCAGCGCCGCCGGCACCAUGGGCUGCUGCUGCCGCCUCCUCUUCCUCGCCCUCCUCCUCCUCCCGGCAGGACUGGGCCAUGACUCCCCAGAGUCACCCCUCAUCCCCAUCCGCCCUCCCUUCCUCUGGGGGGGUGUCCCGGUGAAACCAGACUCCAGGGAUGCCCCCACACCGGCUCCAGGCCAGCCCGAGCUGCCCUUGCCCACGGGACCUUCCGGAGAUGGGACAUCCUCCAGGCCCCUGGAGGGGGAUGGCCACAAUGCCAGCACCCCAGCACUGUCCCCUGCUCCUGUCACCGCGAGCCCCGCGGCCACAGCAGCCGGUGCCUCCGCGGCCUCCAGCCCCGGCUCGGUGCCAGCCGCCUCGGAGGCGGCGCCGGCUCCGCGGACAGCAAACGCUGCCAGCCUGGCGAGAAGCACCACGGAUUUGGGGGCAGCUUCCAGCCCCGCAGACGCGGCCGUGCCGUCGCCUCCCUCCUCGCUCCCCACCAGCGAGCCCACCUCACCUCCCGGGAUGGGCCUGUCCCCGACACCCGUCCUCGUGAGCCCUGCCGCCACCCAGCCACCGCUGCUGACCAAGGACGUCCCUUCCCUGGGGACACUGGCCAUGGCAUCGAGCCUGGCCAUGGAGCCAACGUCCCCGCCAGUGACUGUGACGAGCCCCACGGAAGCCGAGGCCACGGCCUCGGAGAAAACCGCCGGGGUCACCGUGGAGGAGGUCCCGCGUGCCCUGAGUGCAGGGAGCAUUGUGGCCAUAACCGUGACGGUCAUCGUGGUGGUGGUGCUGGUGUUCGGCGCAGCCGCGUACCUCAAGAUCAGGCACUCCUCCUACGGACGGCUUUUGGACGACCACGACUACGGCUCCUGGGGCAACUACAACAACCCUCUCUAUGAUGAUUCCUAGCAGGGAUGAAGGAAAAAAAAAAAAAAAUCCCAUAAACCCUUAAUUUAUAAGCGCUUCUGCAGCAGAGCAUCCGCUGUCGAGGAGAUGCUGGGCACGGAGCCCCUGCCUCAGGCAGGAUUACCGCGGGGCUGGUGGAUGGCAGGAACUGGAGGGCGGCCAUGCAGUGCUGACAAUAAACCUGAAUUUUGGCCUUCGAGCAGGAAACCAGGUCCUGGGGCAGCUCAGCCACUUGUUGUAGGCAAGGGAAGCCAAAUUCCCCAGGGGGAAGGGCUGGGGAGGUCAAGGGAGAGGAUGGAGCUUCAGCCAGUGCUGUGGCAUCCUUUGAAAUGCUGCUGCUCUGUGAUUUGGGGGGGGAGUGGGGGGCUGCUGAGCCAGAGCCAGCAGUGUGCCGGGGUCUCCUGUGCUUUCACAUGUCCCUUUCCCUAAAAUCACUUCCCCGUGUUGCCCCGCUAUGAAAUCCUUUGCCUUGUCUCCCCAGGAACCAUGAACAGUUAUGAGGCUGCUCAGCCACUGCUCCCUUUCCUUUCCUGCAGGUGCUUCCAUGCAGAAGUCCCUAAUUUAAGUUUUCCCAUUUAAUCGUGGGGGUUUUGGUCCCAAAAGCAGCCCAGGAGCCCACGGGAAGAUGCACUGACUGUCCAUGUCACACACGUGGCUGCUUGCUCCACAGCUUUGUUUCCAUUCCUCAAAAAAACUUGGCUGCUAAAAUA